AUGCAACAAAUAAGGCCAGAGAACAUGGAAAGAACUGUAGCUUGGACCGAGAGCGGUGAGUCCGUUCUCAGAUUUAACAUCCGCCACCUGUGGUUCUUCGGUCUGUGGCCCCUUUAUGAAUCGCGGAUGUUCCACAUUUACACUGCCUACGGCUUCUCUCUGGGCGUCUGGAACGUAGUGGAAGGUGCACUGGCUGCGUACUUCACGUGGGGAGAUAUGGAGCAAACGACGCUGGUGCUCAUGGCCAUUUCCACCAACUGCAACGGUCUCGUUAAAAUGGGCUUCUUCCUGUGGGACAGGCGCCUGUACUACUCUCUGGUGCGACGGGUGGACGCGUUGAUGUCGCUACAGAGCGAGUUCUACUGCCGGGAAUCUGUCCUCUGGAACAUCCUGCGCGGCUCGGAGAGGCGCGCUUUUCGCCUCACGCUGGGCAUGUUGCUCUUCAUGUUCUCGCAGUGCUUCAUAUGGUUCCCCAUGCCACUGGUUGCUCAUACCGACGAGCGGCGCUUGCCCUUCGCUCAACACGUGUGGGACAACAACACUGGAAACUACGAACUCUCGUACUUCGCCCAGUGCGCUGCAGGUUUGUGGAUGACACAGAUAAGCUUCGGCAUGGACUGUCUCUUCGCAUCGGUCAUGAUUCUGUUGGCCGCGCAGUUAGAGAUCGUCGCAGAACGUAUUAUGGGGAUCAGAGUCGAAGCCAGCACGCCGAUAAAGGAAAAAGCCGAGGGCUACAAACAGAGUUCAACGGCGAAACACGUAGAUACAAUGUACAGAGAUAUCCGCCUCUGCAUCGAGAGUCACCAAAAAGUUCUCGGGUACGUAAUGGCAGCGCGUAGUACUUUGCAUCGUGGAAACAUGUAUAUUACUCUAGUUGACGCUAUCAAGAGUACUGCGAGCUACAUUUUUAUCAUUGUUGGGAUGUAG